AAAUCCUAUUGGAUAUUGUUGAUUACUAUGAGUGGGCUUGGGCUUUGUACUGCUGCAUUUUUUGAGGGGCUGAAGGUUGAACUUUCGUUCUUCUUGCUUCCGGUGCCUGGUUCUCUUCUUUUGAAAAAUCGAUUGUUUGGAUCACCAAGUCUUCAGCUCAACUCAUUUCUAAAUAUGAGGAGCAGUUCAUAGGAGUCUCUAUCUAGAUUAUCCCUCUUCUUUGAUGGGCCGAGGUCGGCAUGUGCUCGACUUGUAUCCGCAAUGAAGAGCACGUCGUAGUUUGCUCGACUUGCAUCUGGUACGAAAAGCAUUCGGGUCUUUAUUUCGGUUAUCCUUCCCUCUCGGUUGGCUGAGGUCGGUUUCGGUUGGAUCGCUCUGUAUUCAUUGUAGCUUGAUGGGAUCCGAGAUUUGUGUACACGAGUCUCGUUGAUUCCUGUUCUCCGUUUUAAUUCUACGUCAAUGCCUCGCCAAUUUCUAUUCCCAUUAAUCUGCUGCUGCAUUCCCACCGUCUAAUACAGUGGGCCAAACUUUUGCCCUUUUUUUUUUCCUUCCGAGCCGUCGAGGGAAACGGGAUUAAAUAUACGCUAACGGUUAUUGUUAAUGAGGGAAAAGAAAUUAAAUGCAUGAGUAAGAAGAAGGAAGAAAAAAAAAAAGAUUAAAUAAUCUGUAGUCAAUCAGACCCAACUAAUAAUUGAACCUUCGUUCGCCCCCCAACCACGCGGCUUCUGCCUCCCUCCUCCUCAUACCCCACCAAUACCCACCCACCUACCCACCGAUCAAAAAACAAAAAAAAACCUUCGGGAACUCGGCGGCCAUGCGGUCGCCCGACCGGUUCCUCCUCCUCUUCCUCUCCACCCAACUAUGCCUCCGUUCCCUCGUCGCCGAACCCUUCGACUACCCCACCGCCGCCCCUUCCACCUCCUGGACCAACAACCCCUCCCUCGAGAACAACUUCACCUACGCGGACGGCUCCAUGGUCCGGGCCAUCCUCCUCUGCAGCAGCAACCCCAGCUUUGAGGGCCUUUCCUUCGCUGCCGGCUUCUUCUGCAACGCCGCUUGCGACGCCUUCCUUUUCGCCGUAUUUAUCGUCUACACCGAUAGCGGCGCCGUGAUCAUGGACCCCGUGAUGACGGCAUCCCCACAGGUCGUGUGGUCCGCCAACCGGGACCGUCCCGUCCGCGAGAACGCCACCCUCCACUUCACCGAAGAUGGGAAUUUGGUCCUCCGAGAUGCCGACAGUACCGUUGUCUGGUCCACCAACACAUCCGGCCGAUCCGUCUUGGGUAUGAACAUCACGGCAUCCGGAAAUCUGCUGCUCUUUGAUCGGAAGAAUGCAUCAAUCUGGCAGUCAUUCGAUCACCCCACUGACUCGCUGGUUCCUGGUCAGACGCUGAGGGAGGGGCAGAGGCUGAUAGCCAACAUCUCCACCACGAAUUGGACUCGAGGUCAGUUUUAUCUCACAGUUCUGGCUGAUGGAUUGAGCGCUUUUGUUGAUUCUAGUCCUCCCCAGGUCUACUAUAUUCGAAGCUUCAGUGGACCUGAAGCAAAGAACAAGUCUGCCUACGUGACAUUCACUAAUGGCAGCCUCGAAUUCUUUGAUUCAUUUACCAAACGGGGUGUGCCGGAUGAAAAUAUCACUUUGCCUUCAGCAUCAUCAGUUCAGCAUAUGAGGCUGGAGUCAGACGGGCAUUUGAAUGUCUAUGGAUGGAGUUACCAGACAGGGUGGAACGUUGUGGAUGAUGUUACGAGUCAGGAGCUUGACAAUUGUGCCUAUCCCACAGUGUGCGGAGAGUAUGGAAUUUGUUCUAAUAAUGGGCAGUGCAGCUGUCCCGGUGGAACUAAUAGUGGUUCGAACUAUUUCAGACCGAUUAAUGCUAGGCAACCAAAUCUUGGUUGCUCCCCUGUGAUCCCUCUCUCUUGCCAAUCACUGCAAGAUCAUCAGCUCGUGGCUCUCCAGGAUGUUACUUAUUUCUCGUCGCUGUUGGCUGUUGAAUAUGGUACUUAUUUUCCUUCCGUUGCUAGCCUUAAUCUGAAAACUGAAGAGAGUUGCAAGCAGGCAUGCUUAAAAAACUGCUCUUGCAAAGCUGCUAUUUUUCAGUAUGGCCAAAAUACUUCUGAUCAUGGUUCUUGUUUCUUGCCGUGGCAGUUGUUCUCACUGAUGAACAAUCAGCCUACGGUAACUCAUUAUAAUUCAACUCUAUAUGUUAAGGUCCAGAUUGUCCCUAGAACAACCAAUGGGACACUGAAUUCUCCAACUUCUAGAAAGAAGGUAAUGGGUGUUGGAGUAAUAUUGGGUUCCACUAUUGGAGCUUUAUUUGCCGUGUUACUUGUAGUUGGGCUUUUUGUUUUAUUCAUGAGAAAAAAAAUUCAUAUGGAAGAAGAGGAUCAAUUUGAUCAGGUACCAGGAAUGCCAACAAGAUUUUCUUUUGAAGAACUGAAAGUAGCUACUAAGAACUUCUGUAAAAAGCUAGGAGAAGGAGGCUUUGGGUCUGUUUUUGAGGGAGAGUUAGGUGACAUGAGAGUAGCGGUAAAGCGCUUGGAUGGCAUUGGUCAGGGAAAGAAGGAAUUUUUAGCAGAGGUCGAGACAAUUGGCAGCAUUCACCAUGUUUAUCUGGUCAGGCUGAUAGGGUUCUGUGCUGAGCGAUCAUAUAGACUUCUAGUCUAUGAGCACAUGUGCAAUGGAUCAUUGGAUCAGUGGAUCUUUUACAGAAAUCAAGAUGUUUCUCUCGAUUGGCAAACUAGAUGUAGGAUAAUCACUCAUAUAGCCAAGGCAUUGUCUUACCUUCAUGAAGAAUGCAGGCAAAGAAUUGCACAUUUAGAUAUUAAGCCACAGAAUAUCCUUUUAGAUGAUAAUUUCAAUGCUAAGGUUUCUGAUUUUGGGCUAGCAAAGAUGAUUGACAGGGAUCAGAGCCAUGUGAUGACCAGAAUGAGGGGAACACCUGGUUAUUUAGCACCUGAAUGGCUAACAUCAAGAAUUACUGAAAAGGUGGACAUCUAUAGUUUUGGUGUUGUUGUCAUGGAAAUUGUAUGUGGGAGAAAGAACUUGGACUAUUCGCAGUCUGAAGAAAGUUUUCAUUUAAUCAGCUUAUUACAAGAAAAGGUUAAAGAAGAUAGAUUAUUGGAUCUCAUUGACAAUCAUAGCAAUGAUAUGCACUUGCAUCAUGAGGAAGUUAUUGAAAUAAUGCAACUUGCGAUGUGGUGUUUGCAAAUUGAUAGCAAUAAAAGACCUUCCAUGUCGACUGUAGUGAAGGUUUUAGAAGGUGCAAUGAAUGUAGAAACUUGCUUGGACUAUAACUUUGUCACUACAACUCCGGUGAUGUCAAGCAAUGUAAAUCAUUUGGAUGCUUCACCUCAACAAUCGGCAUCACUUUUAUCAGGACCCAGGUGAAAGAAUAUUUUCUGUUAACAAAGAAGCUGUGUUCUCAAAGGAGGCCAACGGUAGCCAUCCGGCUAAUGUUAAAGAGAUUAGGAAUAAUGUACAGGGGUGAUGCUCUGCUUUAGUCUGAGCCUCUUACAUCAAGAUCACAUAAAAGGUAUCCCAGCAAAGACCCAAGAAGCCCAACUAUCUCAGCAACCCACUCACCACCACACUCACGCAAUUGAAAACGUUUGCAGAACCAAUUCCCAGCAUCACAGCCAAUUACAUCAAGGUAAGAGGGUAUUUCACAAGAAGAAGCAACACACCAUAUGCCUUUGCUGAUCAAUCCUGAUCUGUCUCUAGUGACUGAAGGACUCAUCCCCUAACUGAAGGUGACACAGACCAAGCAACCACAGAUAGGUGCCCAACAGCGGAGACUUUGGAGGGAGUAGCACCGGUCCAUGGGGCAGGAAGACAAGGUGCGACAACCUGAGUUCGUGAAUCAGAGAGAGAAUCAGGCAGGUUUCUGAUUUUAUGCCACACCUUUCCAUGCUCAAUUAGAACCUUACUGUUGCAUGCAGAGGUUGCACCAUUCUUUGAAGAGAAGAAGAUCCUCAAAAGCUGUAAAGCGGAUAGAGUUGUGCUUGGUCAAAAAGAUUCUAGAGCUUCGCUCUUCCCAUAUAUCCCAAGACAUGGCUGCCACUAACAUGAGAAGUGCCGGCUCAGCUGCUUUAGAGAAAUUACUUCUCAUACAGUCAAUGAAGAGGCCUUCAAAAGAAGCAAAAGAAGGCAAGACUCCACAUAGAGAGCAUAUUGAUUUGCAGAUGGUGCAUGAGAGCUUGCAGUCUGUAAAAAUGUGAUCCACUGUUUUGGAAGAAUGCUGGCACAAAACACAAACCACCCAGAUGCUUUUGAAGCUUCUUACAAAGUGCUUAUUCCACGCAAAAAUUUUUGUUGUUCCACCGCACCUUUUUUUUUCUGUCUAAAAACAUAAUAAACACGCCGUCUGUAAACAAAAACUCACCCACUCAUCUCACACACUUUUUUCUCUCUACCUAGCCAUACUAUUUAUAGAGAUACCAUAAGUUUGUAAUCUUCUUUUUAUCGAUGAUUGUGCAAGGAAUAUCAUUUCCAUCCUCAUCUUA